AUGCGCUACAUACAUUCCGAGGAAACUUUGAAGAUCCCCGACAAUGUGAACAUUCACAUUCGUUCGCGGAUUGUCACCGUUGAAGGACCACGAGGCAAAUUGGUCAAGGAUUUGUCUCACCUUUCAGUCUCCUUCUCUCGCCCUAAGAAGGACAUCUUGGCCAUCGAAAUUCACCAUGGAGAGCGCAAAGCCGUUGCUACCCUCCGCACCGUCCGAACCAUCAUCAACAACUUGAUCAUCGGUGUUACUCGGGGCUUCAAAUAUAAGAUGCGUUACGUCUAUGCCCAUUUCCCCAUCAACGUCAACGUUGAGACCAACAAGGAAACCGGAGUGGCCCACGUUGAGAUCCGAAACUUCCUUGGCGAACAAAUCGUCCGUCGCAUUGUUUGCCAGCCCGGUGUUGAUGUAACCAUCUCUCAGAACGUAAAGGAUGAAAUUCAACUCUCUGGAAACUCCGUCGAGGGUGUCUCGCAGAGCUGCGCAGAUAUCAACCAAAUCUGCCGUGUGAGAAACAAGGAUAUCCGCAAAUUUUUGGACGGCAUAUACGUCUCGGAGAAGGGUAACAUCACGGAGGAGUAA